CUUCCCUACUACGUAGUGAGUUCCCUUCCCCGGCGGCUGCUAUUUCGCCGCCCUGCUGCCCGUCCGUCGUGUCGCCCUUUGCAUUUGCUCGAGAUAUCGGUGACGUGACCUUGAAGUGACGUGACCGCUGACCAGCAAAACGGACCGAACGAACGUCCAGACGGCGCGAGCGGAGCUGUGCGAAGUGGGAACCCCCGAAGGUCAGAAUCACACCGGACCGAACCCCGACUCGGCCCAUCCUACACCAUCCUAGCAAUCAAUUCAGUGUGGCUUUUUCCCAUUAUUCCCUUGUUUGUUCUUUUCCCUGGCUCGAUUAGAUCUGGUCUGGACUCUCCCCGCCGCCACUGCCCCGUCGCAAUCGCCGGAAGGGAGCAAUUAAAACCAACCCAAAACCACAAACUUCGCCUGCUCAUGGACCCGUCUUCGGGGCCUCCUCGGCCUGCCCUGCAGCCACCGGCGGCCGAGGAUCCCCCUAUCACCGCCGCCCACCUGGCGAGGUUUGAGUUCAGCGAUGCCGGCACCAAGAUCCUCAUGGUCGAGUGGUAUCCCGGCGCCGUCGUGGAGAAGUCUGCCGCCGCCGCCGUGUCUGCCGAAGCUCCCGACUCCGCCCCGGCCGCCGACUUCCAUGACGUCUCCGCUCCGGCUCCGGCUCCGGGCUCUGAUGCCCACCCCGGCGCUGCCCUAGCCGGCACUACCAAGGCAACCGGCGAUGCUAGUGCUAGCCGUCGGCUUGCCUCGACUUCCUCCUCCUCUAACUGGGAAGUCUCAUGGCCUGGCAAGACCACUGUCCUCCGCGCUGCCGAUGCUGACUCUGACUCUCCCCCGGCCUCCUCCUCAUCCCUUGUUGACCACAACUCCACUCGCCGCCGCGUCUACUUCCUCCUACCGCCGGAGGCCCCGGUCCCCGCAACUAUCACACUCACCCCGCCUGCCGGCGACCCUCGUUCCAGCCUAACCCUCAAGCCCCUCCCAGCCAUAUUUCCUCCCGGCUUCGACGCCGAGGCGGGCAUCCGCGGUGUCCUGCACACCAUUUGGGCCCGCCGCCGGCUGGCUGCCCUAGACCGUGAGAUGGCGGAUGAGUUGCGAGCUAAUGCUGAAAGCGUUGGUUUGGAGAUGGCCCUCGCUGAGAAGCAAUGGAUCCAGGAUACGUUCCUCAAGGCCCCUCCCCGGCACAGUCCUGUUUCAUCGAGGUCUCCUGUUGCCAGCAGGCUGGGGGAUAAGCUCAGGGGCCUCAAGUUGGCGACUUCCCCAGCAGAUCUAACACCAAGCUUGUCCGCCAACACAUUCACUGCUGCUGGUAGUCAGUCUCACACCCUCUCUCCCCAGGGUGCUGAUAUUGCCGUGUCGUCCUUCUCCGCCAUGACCAGCAACGCGCCAACUGGUCCCCUAUCUCUGAACGCCGCCCUUCGUGGCGAUAUCACCGCUGCCGUCUCGGCUCCCGUCCGGCUAGACCGUCAGGAUCCGGAGGAUGAUCUCUUCGCCCUCCCCCUGAGCCCGCGCAGCCCGGACAUGAAAAAGAGUCCCUUCAGCGCGCUGUAA